AAGACAUCCACCCAGUUCGUCUGCUUCUCCUCCUCUGUGACCAGUCAGGACACGCUCACAGCUCAGCUGAAUGUGCACUCUAAGACAGUAGACCCUGUUAUAGAAGGAGGGGCUCAGGUCCAGCAGAUCAUCAACAUCGAGUGUCUGUCAGAUUUCACAGAUGCACCGGUACUCGACAUCUCAUUCAGAUAUGGUGGAACUCUUCAGAACAUCGGAGUGAAACUUCCGGUGAUGCUGAACAAAUUCUUUCAGCCCACUGAGAUGACAUCCCAGGACUUCUUCCAACGCUGGAAACAGCUUGGAGCUCCUCAGCAAGAGGUCCAGAAAAUCUUCAAAGCCCAACACCCCAUGGACACAGAGGUCACCAAGGCCAAGAUCAUAGGUUUUGGUGCAGCUCUGCUGGAGGGUGUGGAUCCCAACCCUACAAACUUUGUUGGAGCUGGAGUCAUUCACACUAAAAGCACUCAGGUGGGCUGCCUUCUCCGACUGGAGCCCAACCCACAGGCAGAGAUGUACCGUCUGACGCUUCGGACCAGCAGGGAGUCGGUGUCUCAGAGACUCUGUGAUCUCCUCUCUGAACAGUUUUAGACUCCACACUCAACAUUUUAUACACCUUUAGUCACCUAGCCUCACUGUCGAUUGAAAUGAUUUUGUACAGUGUAAAUUGUUUUUUUUAUUUGUCUUACUCGACAUGUAAAAGAGCUCUCCUCGUAUGUUACUGCUUUAAACCUGCCUUGUCCUCUGCAGACAGUGGAGGAGGCACUGAACGCUGCUCCUGUUCUCAACAGCUGUGAGCCGUUUCCUCUGCCUCGGUAUUUAUGCAAACCUUUUGAUGAAACCUUCAGGAGGCUUUAAUGAGAUUGAGUCAGUUGAAAUUCUUGAUAUAGGAUUGUAAGCUAAGCAAUGAUCUCUACAGAUGAUCGAGUUGUUCUGAUGCUUUUCUAUCAAACUUUUCUUCUUGUAGUGUUUCACUAAAUCUUGCACAGAACUGGGAACUUCAGCUUUCCUGAACUCUAG